AUGGCAGCCACUUCACAAAGUUCAAAAUUUUUACCACCAACAAACAAGCAACAACUCAAAGCUCUUGGCGGUAUAUAUAAACUGAACGGCGAUAUUCGACGAGCUAUUACAGUUGGAAUCGAUGAAAGUUUCCUACCAAUUCCCAUUCCGAAAGGAGGAGACUGGCUAGAUGUGCACGAAGAAACUGGCCAGACCGUUGGAGAAUAUGUAAAAAUGUCAAAAACAAUCCCAACAUCAACCCAUGAAUUAUUUUGUAUUGGUGUCACAAUGGCUGACCUAUAUCCGCAGGCUGACUGGAAUUUUGUUUAUGGUGAAGCUGAUAUUGACCGUGGAAUUGGAUUAUGGUCGUUUGCACGUCUUGAUCCAUUAUUUCCUCUUACUGAAGAACAACAAUGGCAGAUACCAACGGAAGAACAAAGAAUAUUGAUAUUAAAACGAGCAAUAGGUGUUUUCCUGCAUGAAUUAAUUCAUCUGUUUGGUAUGGAACAUUGUAUUUAUUAUCUGUGUAUGAUGAAUGGAACUGAACAUGAAGAAGAAAUGGAUGAGCAACCGUUGUACUUGUGUCCGGUUUGUUUGAGAAAAUUAUAUUCGUCACUGGAAAAGGUGGAUUUCGAUGUAAUACGAAUGUAUCAAGGAAUAUUAGACGUUUGUAAGAAAUUCAAUUUCAAAGAAGAAGCUGAAUGGUAUGAAAAUAGAGUGAAACUAAUUCAUAGAGAAAAAGAAGAUCUGUAA